AUGUCUUCAACUGCGAUCCACCGUAUCGAGGACCCGCCUGUCGAGGAAGUCAAGCCCGAGAAUGGCAUGAUUCCUGAGCCUGAAAACCCCUUUAGUCAUGAUGAGACUGGCGAGGUCAAGUAUCGUACGCUGGCCUGGUGGCAAUGUGGCAUGAUCAUGGUGGCCGAGACCAUCUCACUCGGCAUCCUGUCGCUCCCCUCGGCUGUGGCGUCGCUUGGCCUGAUCGCUGCGGUGAUUUUGAUCCUCGGGCUUGGGGCCUUGGCGACAUAUACGGGCUAUACGCUGGGGCAGUUCAAGUUGAGGUAUCCUCAUGUGCAUAGUAUGGGGGAUGCGGGCGCGGUCAUGAUGGGACGUAUCGGUCGUGAGGUGCUAGGGACUGCGCAGUUGCUCUUCCUGGUGUUUAUCAUGGGGAGUCAUCUCUUGACGUUUAUUGUCAUGAUGAAUACACUGACGGAGCAUGCCACUUGUUCUAUUGUGUUUGGGGUGGUUGGCUUGGUGCUCUCGUUUGUUCUCACGCUGCCGCGGACCUUGAAGAAGGUGUCGUGGUUUUCGAUCUCGUCCUUUAUUAGUAUUUUGUCUGCCGUGAUGGUUACCAUGAUUGCGAUCGCGAUCCAACGUCCAGGAGGUGGACAUGUCGAUGCGACCGUGGAGAAUUCCUUCUAUAAGGGUUUCCUCGCCGUCACCAACAUUGUCUUUGCAUACGCUGGACAUGUGGCCUUUUUUGGCUUCAUCUCGGAAAUGCGCGUGCCGACCGACUAUCCGAAGACGCUGUACAUGCUGCAGGGGAUUGAUACGACGAUGUAUGUGGUCACCGCGGUGGUGAUCUAUCGAUACGGCGGCAAGGACGUGGCAUCACCCGCGUUGGGCUCGACCAGUCCGCUGUUGUCCAAGAUAGCCUACGGCAUCGCAAUUCCGACGAUUGUGGUUGCUGGCGUGAUCAACGGUCAUGUGGCAUGCAAGUACAUCUACGUCCGUCUGUUCCGAGGGACCGACCGGAUGCACCAACGCGGAUUCGUGGCAGUGGGAACGUGGGUAUUGAUUGCGCUGGUUCUGUGGACACUGGCGUGGAUCAUCGCCGAGGCGAUUCCGGUUUUUAAUGACCUGUUGAGCUUGAUUACGGCGCUCUUUGCGAGCUGGUUCACAUAUGGGCUGAGUGGGGUGUUCUGGUUGUUCUUGAACUGGGGUUGCUAUAUGUCGUCUCCUCGGAAGAUGUUCUUGACCGGGCUGAAUGUGCUGGUGGUUGGCGUGGGGGCUUGCCUGUGUGGUCUGGGCCUGUAUGUGUCGGGCAGGUCGAUUCACGAGCACCCGAGCAGUGCCAGCUUUUCGUGCGCGGACAAUCCUUGAUGAUGAUGCUCGGAGGAGGAAUGCCGAGAGCCGAGCCGGAUGGGGAAUGCAAUCGUUGCCUGCUGCCAGUCAGGUACCAGUUGGCUCUAGAUGAUGUCAGUCAUCUGGUUUCCAUCGGAUCUAUGCAAGACUUAUCCUUCAUAAGACAUAUAGUAGUAUGCUGCGAUACUAGUCGCUUGCCACCUCAUAUGACGUCGACGGAUCCAUCGGAUGCCGUUCAG